AUGUCUGGUCGUCAAGGCGGUAAAUUAAAGCCACUUAAACAAGGCAAGAAGAAAUCAACAGAUGUGGAUGAUGCUGACCUCGAAUUCAAGAAAAAGCAACAAGAAGAAGCUAAAAAAUUAAAAGAGUUAAAAGAAAAGGCUAAACAAGGUGGACCGCUUGUCGGUGGUGGUAUUAAGAAGUCUGGUAAAAAAUAA